AUGUCAAAGCUAAACCCAAUGUUGGCCAUGGAUAUAACCGAACCUCGUGUUUGGGGUUGGUGCUGGGCAAGAAUGAGCUAUCGAGGGUUGAAACGCAACAUUCGAGCAGCAUUGACUGGGCUUAAAUGUGGUGACGGAAAAUUGUUACUGUGCGUGCCAUUGUGCACAAUGCCACAGGAUUUUCUUGAUAAAUUUUUUAAUUAUUUGGUCAAAUAUGCUUCCCGACCAAGAAUUUACCCAAGAUUGAGCAGCCAACAGCAGAUCGAUUCUCGAACUUCAAGCAACAUCCCGUCUCCCUUGCGCCGGGAUGAUCAUGAUCCAACGGCACUGUACAUCUAG